UCUGGGCACCUCCUGGCCCCAGCCGCUGGACAGACUCUCAAGGCACAAGACCCACCAUCCCACACACUGAGGCUGCCCCCUAGACAUUGGUUUGGCCAGACCUGGGGGAGCCCUCCCUGUACCCGCCCCUCCCCUGGCAACAGAACUUGGAGCCCUGGGGCAGGGGGCAGACCAGGUGGGCGGGGCCGGGCUGUUGCCGGGUGAUGUCCCCCAGAGCUCUCUCCACAGAGGCCCCAGGAGUCCGGGGAGGCGACAUGGUGGGCUCUGGGAUCCCAGUGCUGGGCCUGCUCCUGCUGCUGCAGGGCACCGUAGAGGGGAAUGGAAUCCAGGGAUUCUUCUAUCCGUGGAGCUGUGAGGGGGAUGUGUGGGACCGUGAGAGCUGCGGGGGCCAGGCGGCCAUUGAGAACCCCAACCUGUGCCUGCGUCUGCGAUGCUGCUACCGCGACGGGGUCUGCUACCACCAGCGGCCUGAUGAAAACAUGCGGAGGAAGCACAUGUGGGCGCUGGGCUGGACGUGCGGAGGCCUCCUGUUCUUGAUCUGCAGCAUCUGUCUGUUCUGGUGGGCAAAACGCCGAGACAUGCUGCACCUGCCCGUGUUCCUGCAAGGCAAAUGCGACCUGUCCAGGACGGUCUCACUGCUGUCCAAGGACAGGGCCAGCGAGAAGAAGACGCCGUCGGCCGGCAGCAUGCCCGCUGCCCUGCCUGUGGAGGGGGAUACGGGCAUGGAAGGGGAGGGAACCACAGAAGGCGGCGAGGAAACGGAAGGGGGAGAGGAUGAAGAUUAGGGGCAUCUUUGGGGGUCCCCUCAAUAAAGACAGAGUAUAUGA